GGUCGAAUACCCCAUCGUCGUCCCUAAAUUCACUAGAACAUGCUAUAGAUUUCCACGACAACAAUGCAAGCAACGACUAAUAAGCAACCCGAUAUCACCAUGUCUCUGCUGCAAAAGAAAAAUUCUCAAACAACAACAUCUCAAAAAUUAAACCCAUCAGCAGGUCAUAAAUUGGCCAUGAUGCAAGCAAAUCAAGCCGCCAUGGCUGCAAUGGCUUCAGCGCACACAAAACGAGCAUCUCAACUUGCGCGCCUUCAAAUACCCACUGGAAAACCUUCACAGACGGUAACAAAAGAUACUGACAAGAACACUAACGGAGAACCUGCUCCCUCUUUAAAAAUACACUUAUACUCAACGUACUUUAAAUUCGAAAACAACGGUGCUUUCUUCUCUUACAAGAGCCAGUUCAAGGAGUUCCUCAAAUACGUAAAGGAAAGACGGCUUCCGCCUGAUCUAACUGACGUCUUUGAUUCUGCUGGAUGUACCUUUCACAACGGCGUCAUUGUCAUAGAAGUAGUAGAUCACCGCAAACCUAGGGUUGACAGUAAUGCUACCGAAGCUACAAAGGAGAAUACAGACGCUAAUGAGGGUGAACCGGUAUUCGAUCCCAAUACACCUACUGUUAAGAGAAUUGAGAUGAAGCCAGAUGCUCAAUCCAUAUGGAACGAUAUCUGUCUUUUGAAUGAAGAGUCCAACAUUAAUAUGACAGAAAGCGAAGCCUUGGAUGUAGAGUCCAAACUAUUGCUACUCAAUGAAGAACCGCUCUGCCUGGAUCCAAGUUUUCAAGUAACGCGAGUUGCAAACGCUAUCCAAUACGCGCAACGUGACAAAAAGAGGAAGAAGAAGCGAAAACUCAACUCUUAUGAGCUUGCAGCCCGUAAAGAACGCAAAGCUGAGAAUGCUACUCUUAUGGCAAUGAUGGAUGAGCGUGCAAAACGUCCAUAUCCAUUCGAGCCACGUUUUGGAAAUAUCUCAUUUUUACAAGAAUGGAUGUCGAAGAAACGAAAAAUGGAUGCCGAACCUAUGGCGACUGUGGACGACCGCAAGAACAAAGUCAAGAAAGGUCCACAGGAUGUACCGACUUUAUCGGAUGGACGCCGGUGUAUACGCACUAUUCGUUUCGAACGAUCUGAAGGGCAUCGCAAGGUAUACACGUCUGUCAACAUAUACGAGCAAAAUCAGGUCUAUUCUGGUAUCUUGAGAUGGGGCACUACUGCUGGUACUUCCAUUGACGGUGGCAAUAUAGACUUUCAGAUCGGUCCUUCUUAUUUGAUGGAGACAUACAUAAUUCACUUUAAAAACUUUUUCUCUGUCGACAACCAAUUGCUAUCUGAUACUAACGCGUUCACGGUCAAUCACCAAAUGAAUAAUAUGGCCUCGCGUAUCGCUGCUAUUACUGCACAACAACAGCAGCUCAAUACCCAAAUCCAGACCGCUGGAUCACCCCAAGUACCACAACAGCAACCAGCCCAGCCACAAGCACAGCAACAGCAAAUGCAACAACCCCAGGUUCAACAGCAGCAGCAAGCUCAGCAACAGCCACAACAGCAGCAACAACAACACUAGAGGGCUUCAGCAGCAACAACAACAACAACAACAACAACAACAGCCAGGUCAGCCAACACCACAACAGCAGCAGCAACAACCACAACAGCAGCAACAACAACAGCCUCAGCAGCAGCAGCAGCAGCAGCCUAUGCAGCAGCCUCUUCUUCAACAGCAACAGCAGCACAAUGUUGUCGCUCCUCAGCCA